AUGCCCUACACUUCACCGUCAGCGCCACUUGCGCAACCGCCAACCACAGCCUCAGAGGCGAAUCCAUCCGAUUCGCUUUCCCAUCCCCACACCCACUCGCAUACGAACGAGUGUGCAAAUACACACGCAAACGCACGCUCACUAUCACUAUCACUCCUACACGCACAUCCUAAUCGACCGCCGCUCUCGCGUUCGUACUCGUCGCAGUCCUAUCUUCGCAGGCACCGACGCAGUCCCUCCUAUAGCAAGGUGACACUUCCAUCUGUGGGGGGAAAGUUAGACGAUCAUAGCUUCUUGACCAGUUCGACCGUCGGGACACAGUGGUCCAUGUCCAUUGACCCCCAUGCAAGUCUUCGGCAGUCACCUCCACCCCGGAACAAUGCCAUCAUUCCCUCAGGCGCCGUGAUCUCGCCCCCCGAAUCUGCUGGAAAUUCGAGCGAUGAGGAAGUAUCGCCGACCGAUGUCCGCCAGGUGGAUCUAAUAGACGCCGCCCUCAGGUCGCUCCAAGCUGAAAGAAAGAACCCAGAUAGCCCGAAUCAGGAAGACAGUGAUAGUAACAAACGAACACCGGAAAGCAAUGGAAACAAGGAUGUGGCCCCAAUACCAGCGCUCACGCUCGAAGCACGGAAAAUCUCACACUCUCGCUCUACAUCAACUGAGUCUAGCUUGGCUCUGAUUUCCGAUUCCGCAGAAACCUCCUCCGUCGACAGCGAACACGAGGAGGAUGGCGAACGGGGCGCGAAACCACCAAUGGUUCGUAAAAAGUCAGGUGAGCUCGUUCGUCCGGCAUUGCGGUCGAAGCGGCGACCAUCCAGCAUGCCUGGCACCCCGGUAUUCUCGAAGAACGUCCACUUCGAUGCUCACUUGGAACAUAUCCGGCACUUCCUCCAACUUGAUAAGCCACUGGCGGUUAGUGCCAACACCUCCCCAGUGGAGACAUACAGUGAGGAGCACGAGUAUCCUUUUGGUAGUAAAAAGGCUCAAAGCAGCAUCGAAUGGGAGAUCAAAGUGCCCAACUUUCCUUCCAAUGCAGCUGCCCGCCGAAAACACCAGCCCGUCCGCCUGGAGCGCAUGUUUUUAUCUGCUGACCAAAAGAACCUGGUGGGAGUGGUGUCUGUUGCCAACUUGGCUUUCCAAAAGAAAGUUGUUGCUCGCUUUACCGUUGAUUAUUGGAAGACAAUCUCUGAAGUCACGGCCGAAUAUAAUCAUGAUAUCCGUCGCAAGCAGGCUCACGAUGGAUACGAUCGGUUCGAUUUUAAUGUUCAACUAUCUGAUAUCACGGAUUUAGAUAAAAAGACGCUUUUUGUCUGCAUUCGCUAUUCAGUGGAUGGACAGGAAUAUUGGGACAACAAUGACAGCAUGAAUUACCAAGUUGAAUUCUCCAAGAGGGAGAAGACUCGAUACCGUGAGCAGGAACAACAACAGAUUCCGUCCACAAGGGACCACGGGCGAGCACUGCCACGGAGCAGAAACAGUCCUUUUAUUGCGACUCGGCCACGUUCGAUGCCUCCUGCAAGUUUUGAUGACUUUAGGCAGUCUGAUUCCAGCUUCCCUGCGUCGUUGGACGGCAGCAGCGGUCGACAUGCCGAUUCAGAUUUCCACCUCACUGCAGCCGAUUCUCACGAUUGGCUUGUCGAAGUACCUAAGCCGCGAGAGAAACCGGCCUCACAGGCUUUUGGUGCUCGUUAUGAUUUCGGACUUUCACUUUCGGCAGCGAGAAGCAGCGGUGCGACCGAGGACCGCACCACGUUGUCGGCCAAAGCCAAAUCACUGUCCUCGAGAGCCGAGAGCCCGACUACUGUACAUGCGCACCCUCUACCGCCAAGGGGUGACAAUACAUUUCAACCAUCUGCGAUUGUUUCCAGCAAACCGCAUCUGGAAUCGCCUGUAUAUAAGGAAUUGGUGGACAAAUACUGUUUUUUUAGCUCGACUAAAAAGGCAGAUUCGGGACUGGCUGGCAGUCCCCUGAGUUCUAGUACGAACAACCCGGGCACUGCAUCGCCGGAGGGCAUACCUCGUGCCGACUCAGGAGUUGCAAUGAGUCUACCAUCGGACAGUCCGACUGGUUCUCCUUAUAACAGUUCGCCAAUUAUAUGCAACGCGCUGUACCGCGAGACUAUCCCUCGAUCACACAGCCCGUUUCUCCCCGAGUCUCAGCCUGCUGCUAUUCUCGGUUGA